GCCCCGCGGGUCCGGAACUGCAGGGCUGUGGCCGCAGUUCGGCUCCCGCAGGAGAGACUCGGGACGUGGCCGGGGGGCGCUCUGGCUCGGGCUCCGCCGGCGGGCGGGCAGGAAGUGGCCAGAGCAUCCCCUGGCCGCCCUGGGGCGCGCUCAGAGCCCGCCUCGCCGCGCACUUACCUCUUGUUAGAAAGGCCGGCCGGGUUGCAGAGCGGCGGGAGGAGCCCAUGCCGGCGGCCCCGCUGUGCCCUCACAGUUUCAGUACUGGGCGGCCAUGGUUCAACCGCUGGUUCCCGAUUGCCCGAAAAUUCCGGCUGAAUUAUGAAGGCAAACUUGAACAGAUGGUGUCCAUGGCAACCACCACACAACCACUGACCCAGCAUCUUCACGUCACCUACAAGAAGGUGACAUCGAAGCCAGCACUCCAGAGCCCAGGUCCUGUGAGGUUGCAGUUGACAGGCAGCCCUAUGCAGAUGCUCCUGGAGUGACAGAGAAAAACCAAAUAAAAGG